CCUGGGCCAAUGGGCGACGCCGGUCCCCCCAAAGCCUCUCCGGCGCUCGGGCGGGACCGCGCUGCACUCUGGCGAUUGGCUGUGCAGCGGGGGCGGCCUGGGCCGGCCGCUGCCGGAGAGUCCGACGACGGAGUCGGAGCGCAGGCCCGGGAAGCGAGGCCUGCGCGGGGAGGCGGGCGCAGGGAAUCGCGCAGCCUGGACGCGCGCGGGGCAAGGCUUGCGGGAGUGACCGCAGGCCAUCAUGAAUAGCGAGGGCGACCAUAACUUCAGGCGGGUGGCCAUCCGGCGGAAGUCAGGCUCCUACCUGCCGCCCGGGAUCCCCCGGCCCUGGAGCAGGCCUUCGCCGCAAUUGCGGCGCCUUGACCGUGUCGCUCAACCGGGCCAGGCCGCAGGCAUCAAUACUUGUGCAAAGGUUACUCCACCUUGUACGACAAGCAACACAACCACAGAAGCUCAGGGAAUAAAUGGGAGGACACCAGCAAAACGCUCCACUGCAAGUGCAAAGCCACAAGUGCCUCCAAAACCAUUAUAUCUGCAGAAUUCACCUUCAUCCCAUAUUCCCCAAGUCCCCAGGCAUAAAGCUUUACCUAGUGCAAAGCCAAGGAUGGAGGAGUCUAAUCCGGCCCCUACUUCUUGUACCUCAAAAGGGAAACAUAGUAAGGUAUCGGAUCUCAUCAGCCACUUUGAAGGAGGCAGUGUUUUAUCAAGUUACAUUGAUUUGCAGAAAGAUUCUACUAUGAACCUCAAUAUUCCUCAAACCCUAGGACAGCCUGGGUUAACCUCCUCACCUCCACGAAAAUUUCUGCCCCAGCACUCUCCACAGAAGCAGGAAAACGACCCAGAUCAGACUCAGGGGCAACAUGGUUGUUUGGCCAAUGGUGUGGUGGCUGCACAAAACCAGAUGGAAUGUGAAGAUGAGAAGGAGACCACUCUUAGCCCAGCGACGGCUACUCAGACUGCUGCCGCCUCUCCUGAUACACAUGUGCUGAAUGGAGAAAGAAAUGAAACCAUCACAGAUUCUGCAUCAUCCAUAACCAAUAGUCAUGAUGAAAAUGCUUCUGACAGCAGCUGCAGGACUCCAGGGACUGACUUAGGGCUUCCCUCAAAAGAAGGAGAGCCAGGGAUGGAAGCUGAGCUCCAAGAAAGGGAAAAUGGGGUGAACACCAUGGGAUUGGAUACGCUGGACCAGCACCAUGAAGUGAAGGAGACUAAUGAACAGAAACUUCACAAAAUAGCCACUGAACUUUUACUUACAGAAAGAGCUUAUGUCAGCCGACUCGACCUCCUAGAUCAGGUAUUUUAUUGCAAACUAUUAGAAGAAGCAAACCGAGGCUCAUUUCCUGCAGAGAUGGUGAAUAAAAUCUUUUCUAACAUUUCAUCAAUAAAUGCCUUCCAUAGUAAAUUCCUAUUACCUGAGCUGGAGAAACGAAUGCAAGAAUGGGAAACUACACCCAGAAUUGGAGAUAUCCUGCAAAAGUUGGCGCCAUUCCUUAAGAUGUAUGGAGAAUAUGUGAAGGGAUUUGAUAAUGCAGUGGAACUGGUUAAAACCAUGACAGAGCGUGUUCCCCAGUUUAAAUCAGUGACUGAAGAGAUUCAGAAACAGAAGAUCUGUGGAAGCUUAACUCUGCAGCAUCACAUGCUGGAGCCUAUUCAGCGGAUUCCUCGCUAUGAGAUGCUCCUGAAGGACUACUUGAAGAAGUUGUCUCCUGACUCCCCAGACUGGAAUGAUGCAAAGAAGUCACUUGAAAUUAUAUCUACAGCAGCAAGCCAUUCUAAUAGUGCAAUAAGAAAAAUGGAGAACCUGAAGAAACUUUUAGAAAUUUAUGAGAUGUUGGGAGAAGAAGAGGAUAUUGUAAAUCCCUCAAAUGAACUAAUAAAAGAAGGACAAAUCCUCAAACUAGCAGCUCGGAACACAUCAGCACAAGAGCGCUACCUCUUCUUAUUCAACAACAUGUUGCUAUAUUGUGUGCCCAGAUUCAGCUUGGUUGGUUCAAAAUUCACAGUUCGAACCAGAGUUGGCAUUGAUGGAAUGAAAAUUGUGGAGACUCACAAUGAAGAAUAUCCACACACUUUCCAGGUGUCUGGGAAAGAAAGAACCCUAGAGCUGCAGGCCAGUUCUGAACAAGACAAAGAAGAAUGGAUCAAGGCCCUUCAAGAAACUAUUGAUGCUUUUCAUCAAAGGCAUGAGACUUUCAGAAAUGCAAUCGCAAAGGAAAAUGACAUUCCCCUAGAAGUCUCUACUGCUGAGCUGGGAAAACGAGCCCCAAGAUGGAUACGUGAUAAUGAAGUGACCAUGUGCAUGAAGUGCAAAGAGUCCUUCAAUGCACUGACCAGAAGGCGGCAUCACUGCCGGGCAUGUGGACAUGUGGUUUGUUGGAAAUGUUCUGACUACAAAGCUCAGCUUGAGUAUGAUGGUGGAAGAUUGAACAAGGUUUGUAAAGACUGUUACCAGAUAAUAAGUGGAUUCACAGACAGUGAAGAAAAGAAAAGAAGGGGCAUUUUAGAGAUUGAAUCAGCAGAAGUAUCAGGAAAUAGUGAGGUGUGCAGUUUCCUCCAGUACAUGGAAAAGUCAAAACCUUGGCAGAAAAUCUGGUGUGUGAUCCCCAAGCAAGACCCCCUUGUGCUGUACAUGUAUGGUGCUCCUCAGGAUGUCAGAGCCCAAGCGACCAUACCCCUCCUGGGCUACAUUGUGGAUGAUAUGCCUAAGAGUGCAGAUCUGCCACAUAGUUUCAAGCUGACCCAGUCCAAGUCUGUGCAUAGCUUUGCUGCCGACAGUGAGGAACUGAAACAGAAAUGGCUGAAAAUCAUCCUUCUAGCUGUCACAGGUGAGACACCAGAUGGUCCAAGUGAGCAUCUAGCCACGUUGAACAAUCUCCCUGGACCCAAGAAAAAGUCAGAAUGCUAAACUUCAGCAGCUGCUAGUGUGGAGUUUCCAGUAAUACACAUAGUUCAAGACAUCCCCAGCUCUCCUUCCUCGUCUCUUAGCACUUUGCAUUGAGAAAUAUGGUUUCAUAAACACAUCUUUUGGGGACUUCUCUCAUAUGUUUAUAUAUAAUAAAAUCAGUAUGCAGAGCCAUUCUUCUGUUGAAGUUCUGAAAUAAUGUGGAAAAUGGAACCUUUUUGAUAAGCUAUUCCUUAACUGUGUAUUUUUGCCUUGAGAGGGUUAAAAAAUGUUAACUGUCAAAUCACUACCUGGUUAUAAUGGGCCUUUCAUUUAAGAAAUCCUUCAUUGUCUUGUUCACAUGUAGAACUUGUAAGAGUGUGAAAAAUAUACCUCCGUGUAACCAAAAUAGAUCUAUGGUAAAAAGUACAGGGACAGUUUAGAGUAUUGUAUGAACUUGUCUAGUUUGUAAGUCUCAUGCUAUGUAAAUAGUUUCUGUUCUUAUACAACAUAAAAAAAUUAAAGGUUCCUGAUGUUGAUACUUUUUGACUUAUUAUAAUACUUGUUUUGUAGAAUUACUCCUAAUAAUAAAAUAUCUAAAAUACAAAUCAAUUUGCCUGUAUAUAAUAUUGAAAAUAAGUAUGAAUAUGUCAGCUUUCUCUUUAGCUUUAGUUUUGUUUUUACUCUGGUUAAUUCUUUAAAUA